AUGGAUGUUGAUGUCGGACCAAAAAUCAAUCUUUCUCAUAAAGAGAUUCGAGUGCUUUUACUUCACGAAUUUCGUUUGGGCCGCAAAGCAACGGAAGCAGCCAACAACAUAUGCAGUACAAUGGGCCAGAGUCUAGUCUCCACUCGUACCGCGCAACGUUGGUUCAAUCAUUUCAAGAAUGGGGAUUCAGAACUCGACGAUUUACCUCGAUCCGGUAGACCGAUGGAACUGGAUAUGGAUCUUUUAAAGCAGCUUAUCAAAGAAGAUCCUCGAUCGACUUUACGGGGUUUAGCAGAGCAGCUUGAGUGUUCUCAUACUACGGUGGAAAAACAUCUGAAAGAAUUAGGCAAGACCUGGAAAUAUGGAGUAUGGAUACCUCGUGAAUUAUCAUCACAUCAACUGCAACAGAGAGUUGAUACUUGUAUGGAUUUAAUCACAUCUCAUCGCAACUAUCAAUGGUUAUCCAAUCUAAUUACUGGCGAUGAGAAGUGGGUGUUGUAUGUUAAUUACACGCGUAGACGUCAGUGGUUGAGCACUUGUCAAACAGGCGUAGCAACACCGAAGACUGAUCCACAUCCUAAGAAGUUGAUGCUGAGUGUCUGGUGGGGUAUUAAAGGAGUUAUUCAUUGGGAACUUCUACCAAAUGGUUACACCAUCACUGCUGAUCUAUACUGUCAACAAUUGGAUCGGGUAGCUGAAAAACUCAAGGGAAGACAGGAUCGAGUUUAUUUUUUACAUGAUAACGCAAGACCACAUAUUGCAAAGUCGACCCGUGAAAAAUUAUUGAAGCUUGGUUGGGCCACCGUUCCUCAUCCGCCUUAUUCUCCAGACUUGGCUCCAACAGACUACCAUUUGUUUCGUUCUCUUUCGAAUGAUCUACGUGAUAAAAAGUUCAAGGACGAGAGCGACGUCAAAACAGAACUUAUCAAAUUCUUUGAUGAAAAAUCCCAAGACUUCUACGAACGCGGGAUCAUGUCUCUACCAGAACGUUGGCGACAAGUGGUAGAUAGCAAUGGUAAAUAUAUAUCUGAAAACUAG